GUGUGGUAUGCUGUUCGAGCUCACUGUUGGUCAGACAGUGUGUGUGUACGCACAAUUUAGAAGGGCUGAGGAACCUGUGUAGUUUAAGUUAAACUAAGCAGACACACUGUAAACAUGGCUGCCGUCCAUCGUUUGGUUAUUGUCCGCCACGGUGAGAGCGCCUGGAACCAGGAGAACCGCUUCUGCGGCUGGUUCGAUGCUGACCUCAGUGAGAAGGGUUUGGAGGAGGCCAAGCGUGGAGCCUUGGCUAUCAAGGAGGCAGGCAUGAAGUUCGACGUGUGCUACACCUCCGUGCUGAAACGCGCCGUCAAGACCCUGUGGACCAUCAUGGAAGGCACAGACCAGAUGUGGCUGCCCGUGAUCCGUACCUGGCGUCUGAAUGAGCGUCACUACGGAGGCCUCACUGGCCUCAACAAGGCCGAGACGGCUGAGAAGCACGGUGAGGAGCAGGUGAAGAUCUGGCGCCGUUCCUUUGACAUCCCACCCCCACCCAUGGACAAGGACCACGCAUACAACAAAAUCAUCAGUGAGUCCCGGCGCUACAAGAACCUGAAGCCCGGUGAGCUCCCCACAUGUGAGUCACUGAAGGACACCAUCGCCCGCGCCCUGCCUUUCUGGAAUGACGUCAUCGCCCCUGAAAUCAAGGCGGGAAAGAACGUUAUCAUCGCUGCCCACGGAAACAGCCUCCGUGGCAUCGUCAAGCACUUAGAGGGUAUGUCUGAUGCAGCCAUCAUGGAGCUGAACCUGCCCACAGGAAUCCCAAUUGUGUACGAGCUGGACGCAAACCUGAAGCCAGUGAAGCCAAUGGCUUUCCUCGGUGAUGAGGAAACCGUAAAGAAGGCCAUGGAGGCCGUGGCCGCUCAGGGCAAAGCUAAGAAGUAAGCGCGCUCUGGAGGCUCUGUGAAAAACACCAAAGACUGUUCCCCCUUUGUCCUUCAACCUUUCCUCCCAGGCAUUUGUCCAUCCUUGUAGUCCAUUCCAACUGGGGAAAUGUUUAAUGGUUCUUUUGGAGAUGGGCCAUUUGCAGCACAUUAGCCCUGUUUGUUUCAAUGACAGACAGAGAGAUGACCUGUCAAUCAAAGAAGACAGCCCGGCCACGCAGUUUAUGCA